ACUCACUAAAGAAAGAAAGAAGAACUCACAGUUUGUUUAGAUGUUCAGCUGCUGCGUCUUUAAUACAUUUCUGUCACUUCUCUGUUUCUAUUCUUGAUGAUUUCCUCUCUUUCAUGACAGCAAACCAAACGUUUUCUCUUUGUUUUGACAAGAGCUUUAAAUAUCCUGUUUCAGGAGUCUUAUUGAGUUUUUGUGUUGAGAUGUUGAAGAUGAGUUUGCAGGUGGAUUUGAUGUGCUGUAAAUCAGUAGGAACUGAUCUGUCCAUGCUGGAUAUUGAUGAUUUGAUGACAGAAAUCUCUCAGCUGAAGAAAGAGGUGGCGUUACUGGAGGCAAAGCUGAGGGAAAGAGGAGAUCCACUGAACGGAGAGGAGCUGGAGAAGGUUUCCUGUCAAUCUUCAGUGUGUGUGACUGAUGGGACCUCCACAGAAUGUCAGGAUUCAGUGUGGAGCGUCAGAGAUCAGAGAUCCAGAGACACACAGGACUCAGAGCUCAGCCUCACUUUACUCUGUUAUACUGACGCUCAGGAGAGUGUGUGUGACAGUAAUCAGGGUGAUCAAACCUCCACAGAGUCUCUGGCUUCUGUCUGUAACGCUGGAGAACAGCAGAUGCUGCAGAUACCAUUGAAGAUGUGUUCAGUGAAGCUGCUGGACUGCAGGAACCUGAUGGAGAUGAGAGGAGAAACCACAGCAGAGGAACAGCAUGAUGAUCACCAUGAAGAUGAAGAUGAGGAGGAGGAUGAUGUUAUUCAACAUGACAAUUAUGAUGAAGAUGAUGAUUUUAUCUCUUCAGAUGCAAACAGUGUUUCAUCUUCUGAUGGAGAAGUGGCUUCUACUUCAAAAGCAAGACAUGAGAGAAGAGUGCACAGAGGAAAGGAGGAGUUUCACUGUGAGCAGUGCGGGAAGGUUUUCAACGUGCCUUCUCUUCUGAAGUCUCACAUAAAGAGACACAAUGAUGAAAAGCCUUUUCAAUGCAAUGAGUGUGGCAAGUGUUUCAGAACGAAAAGAAAUCUUGUUCUUCAUGGGAGAAUACACACAGGAGAGAAACCAUUCAAGUGUCCUCACUGUGAGAAGAGAUUCAGACAUGGAUCCCAUCUGAAGGAACACUGUGUCCGUUUGCACAAAAAAGAGAGUCUGUAUCAGUGCAGUGAAUGUGGGAAAACCUUUGUACUACCAGAUUCUCUAACGUCACAUCAGAAAAUACACUCUGAGAAAAAAACAUAUCAAUGCUCACACUGCGAUAAACAGUUUCCUAACAAUUCUCGUCUGAUACUCCAUGAGAGAACACACUCAGGAGAGAAACCUUACCUCUGCUCUUACUGUGGAAAGAGCUUUUCUGAUCGACGUCAAUUCAGAGUUCAUGUAAGAGUUCACACGGGAGUAAAGCCUUAUCACUGUAGCGUUUGUGGAAAGAGCUUCAGUCAAUAUGCUCACUUAUCAAAACACCAGAGAACACAUACUGGAGAAAGACCUUACAAAUGCUCUCUGUGUGACAAAACGUUUGCUCGAUCAGAUAUCCUGAAAACCCAUCAGAGGGUGCACACAGGAGAGAAACCUUACCGCUGCCCAAUCUGCAGGAAGGAAUUUUCCCAUUUAAAAAGUUUUAAAAUUCAUCAGAAGAUACAUGCUAAAGAACAAGCUGCCCUGAAAUCAUCGUAGCAUGGUGGCGUAGUGGGCUAAAGCACAUAACUGGUAAUCAGAAGGUUGCUGGUUUGAUCCCCACAGUCACCACCAUUGUGUCCUUGAGUAAGGCACUUAACUCCAGGUUGCUCCGGGGGGAUUGUCCCUGUAAUAAGUGCACUGUAAGUCACUUUGGAUAAAAGCAUCUGCCAAAUGCAUAAAUGUAAAUAUUGAUUGGCUAAUCAGUUAAAAGCAAGAACUAUUUUAUUUUUUAUUUGCUGUAAUAAGUAUGCUAUGUAUUUACCAUGUAUUAUUAAUUAUAAUACUUUCAUACUAUGUUUGUUUUACUCAUAAGUUACCUUAUAAGUUGAUUAUAUUUGACCCUAUAAUAUUUGAUCAUUUAUGCCUCAUAAAGCCCAAAGUGUACUUUUAAAGCUAGUGUCUGUGUACAGUCGAAUGUUCAACAUGUCAAAUUACUGUAUUUAUAUGUGCACACAUGAACAGCAGGUUGUUGCAUACUGCAUGUUCAGAGUAUGCACAGUUAGAAAAAUCGGGCUGCACAUGUUCAGUGCUCGAGCACUCUGUUGAUGACGAAAUUUGUGUCAUACAUCCUGUACGUAGGAUGCUUUGGGCUUAUGUGACCCUUGUUUAAAAUACUUAUAAUGUAGUUCCUUUGAAUGUCCAUAAGAUGGCAGCAAUGUAUAUGUUUUGAGAACAAUGCUGAAAAUGUAAUCAUGUAACCUUGAAAUAGAAGUAACCACUGUAUGUUUGAUAAGGCUUCAAUAUGCAGCUGUUUGUGUGAGAGGUUUUGAAACGGCAUUGAACUGGUUUAAACUGUUUUAUUAUGUACUUGCGGUUAGAAUCUCUCAUUGCAGAACUCCCUGCAUGUGCUAUUAGACCUCUGCAAAUGAUCCAGAAUGCAGCAGCACGUCUGGUCUUUAAUGAACCAAAGAGAACGCAUGUUACACCCCUCCUCGUCUCUCUCCACUGGCUGCCGGUUCAUGCACGUAUUAAAUUCAAGGCUCUGAUGCUGCAUACAAAACAGUCACUGGGUCUGCUCCAGCAUACCUAAAAACAUUUCUGCAGUCGGCUAAUGAACGUCGCCUUGUACCAACGCAAAGAGGCACCAAAACACUUUCCCGGACUCUCAGUUUCAUCAUACCACAUUGGUGGAAUGACCUUCCCAACUCCAUCCUUGAAGCUGACUCACUUUCUGUCUUCAAAAAACGGCUAAAAAUCUUAACCAAUAACUAAAAAGAAAAAAUAAUUCUUGUUGCACUUUAAUCUGUUUUGUAUACUAUUCUGAUGCUAGUGAAACUUUGUAAUAUGGCACUUUUCGUACCACUGUCUCCUUCAGAUGAUUCACAAAUGCUUUCCUCUUAUGUAAGUCCCUUUGGAUAAAAGUGUCUGCCAAAUGAAUAAAUGUAAAUGUAGAAUAAAAGAUCAUAUACAUGUAUUAGAAUAGAGAAGUUUAACCUGAUAUAAACAUGUGGUUGACAUAAAUGUACAACAUGGGUAUGUAUGAAAAUCUACAUACUAAUUGUCUAAUUAUCGCAUCACAUUUUAAUUAACAUCUGAUAAAAAUCAGAUUUACUUACAAUCUGAAUCAUGCUUUGAGACAUUUAUGAUUUAUAAUGUUUGUAACUCUGAUCUUUUUAAGAUCACUAUAGUAGACUUUAAUAUAAAGUGUAUUAUAUUCCUAUGUUUAACAGGAUUGCACCAUAUGUAUCCACAGAGGUCUGGGAUAAAUCCACUGACCCUAGAACUGCCCCAGAUCUUACUGUACAUUUUGUAAAAAGUUAAAUAUAUGGGGGAAUAAAUGUGUGUCAACCAAGCCUCUCGGUAACAAUAUUCAGCCAAUACACAAUAAAAUAGGAUUUUAUGGACAGCAAAAUGUGUUUAAAAUAUUAUGGAAAUAAAGUAAAAUAGUUGUAUGGUGCUCUUUGCUCACUUGUUGCCCUAUAGGAACAACAGUACAACCUAAUAAAGGCU